AUGGCAAGGCUGGCUAUACGAAGAAUUAAUAUUCAAUUAUCACCAUGUUUGAAUUUAAAAAAUCAAAAAAGAUAUUUAUUUACUGUACCUAAAGGGCCUAUUGAGUAUACUCAUCGAGUACUAAUCCGAGAAGAGCCAACUAAAGUAUAUAACAUUGUAUCUGAAGUGUCGAAGUAUAAGGAAUUUAUUCCAUAUUGUCUAGAUUCAUUUGUUGAUAAGCGUGAUAGUAACAAUGACAAUAAGCCAAUUCAGGCAGGAUUAAGAGUUGGAUUCCGUCAAUAUGACGAACGAUUUGUUUGUAAUGUGGAUUGUUCGAAUAAUGUAAUUGGUAGACGAACGAAAUAUGUAGUCAAGGCGGAAUCCAUAUCUCAUCAGUUAUUUAAAGAACUGAGCGGAACUUGGAUAAUUACACCCUGUGUAAGAAAUAAAAAUAUAUCCACUGUAGAAUUAUUAUUAAGAUUCCAGUUCCACAGUAAACUAUAUAAUGCAGUUUCCACGAUAUUUGCGCAUAGUGCUACCACUUUAGUGAUGAAGGCAUUUGCCACUAGAGCAGAACAAUUGAAAAUAAUUGAUGACGAAAAAAAAUGA